AUGAUAAAACACAUACAAGCAAGUGUCAGAUCUGAACCACCUACCUUUAAUCACUUCGUGGUUAAAGAAUUUGCUACAGAGUAUGGAUUCACUCCAUUACAUCUGGCUGCUCAAGCAGGACAUGACAGUCAUAUUGCUGUAGUAGGAAUGCUGCUGUCACGCAGUACUCAACAGCAACAUGCAAAAGAUUGGCGAGGAAAGAUGGUCUCCUUGCUUAUAGCUCAAGGAUCCAAUAUAAAUGUCAUGGAUCAAAAUGGCUGGACAGGAAUGCAUUAUGCUACAAAGGCUGGUCAUUUAGACGUUGUAAAGUUAUUUGUGAACAGCUCGGCAGAUGCUCAAGCCGAAACAAAAGAUGGAAAAGUUCCUUUAUGCUUUGCAGCAGCCAACAAUCACGUUUAG